AUGACGUCAUGGUGAUGAGUUCUGGAUCUGCUCCGAUAAAACUGGCCGCAACUCACCACUUCCCGAUCAAGCAUCAGAGAAGAAGACAUGCGGUACAUCUGGAGCGUUAAAUCCAUGAGACGAGAUGGCUAUGAAUGCAUCGAUCUCAGAAAGCGAUACCUGCAACUACACUGCUACCUUAGUACUGCUGAUGUCCUCCCUACAGCCGCCAUACCUUGGUGUGAUCAGCAUCGUCGGCUUCCUGGGAAACAGUUUUGUGAUGGCUGUCUUCUGCCUUCAGAGAAAGAACUGCACUGCGGCAGAUGUUUAUUUAGGUAACAUGGCUGCUGCCGAUCUGGUCAUGAUGACCUGCCUCCCUUUCUGGGCUUUCACUAUCGCUCGUGGACACCAGUGGGUUUUUGGAGAAGUUCUCUGCAAACUUGUCAAUGUUGCCAUAUACAUGAAUUACAUCUGCAGUAUACUGUUCCUGACACUGGUGAGCUUGGACCGCUACCUUGCUCUGGUGAAGCCAAUGAGCCCCAGUCGUCUGAGGAGACCUUUGUGGGCCAAGCGCAUCUGCCUGGGGACCUGGAUGUUGGGAUUCCUUUUUUCAAUGCCCGUGUUACUCUUUCGCACAGUGAGAUAUGUACAAAAUGCCGAAGUAGAUGCAUGUAUCCUGGUCUACCCUCACCUGUCCUGGAGGGUGCAACACAACAUUUUCAUUAAUGUAUUUGGAUUUAUAAUACCUGUUAUGGUGCUAAGUUACUGCACCUGUCAUAUCGUGGCUGUUUUGAGUAAAAAUCCUGUCGGAGUUCUCCCUGGAAUGAGAACAGAGAGAAGAGCCACCCACUUGGUUCUAGCCGUGAUGGCUGUCUUUCUCUUCUGCUGGACACCACACCAGGUGAUGCGCUUUCUGGACACUCUAGAAUACUUCCAAAUAACUUCUGGAUGCAUAUGGGGCUAUGUUCUUGACCUCGGCAUUCAGCUGUCUACUUAUUUGGCGUACAGUAAUAGCGCUGUUAACCCCUUCCUUUUUGCCGUUGUGGGAAGGCAUUUCAGGAGAAGGGCAAAAGAGGUAUUUGUGAAAACUCUGAGCCAUUGGUCAAAAGAUGUGACAACCAGCUUUACCUCAGUAAAAGUCAACGAAACACACGUGAAUAAAACUGCUGAGAUCUUGACUGAAACCAAACAAACAGCACACCUUGUGAGCGACGAGGAUAGAACGGAAAGACUUGAAAGUUAUUCAACAAAGUUAAAACCUUUUCACACCACUUUGUGUUUGUAGUGAGGGGCGCUGACCACCGAGUGGGGCAUCGCUAGCCGAUAUAGCGUGGCAAGAAGACUUCUACUGCGACGUCAAGGUGCCUUGAAUUGGAAAAUGAUCUAUUCACGAGUGGUCGCGGCGUGACGUCAGACAAGCACAUCCAAUAGGAGAUGGGGCUGGCAUAGUGAUUUUGUGUUACUUUGAAGGGGCAGUGGAGAGGCCCCUCCUGAAGACGAGCAAUUUAGAUCCUAAUGUUGUCAACAAAUUUAGAUCGGUAUCUAACUUACCAUUUUUA